CCCCCACUGCUGCCCUUUGCCCUCCCAGUUCCCCUGCCCCUGGUUCCUCUUUUCCCACUGGCUCCCAGGGCACAUAAAGCCAGGCGGGGCUACAGGAGCUCAGUGCGCACCAUGCCCACCCCAGCGCAGACCUCCUGGCUGCUGCUGCCGCCACUGCUGCUGCUUCUCACCCUGCCGGCCACAGGCUCAGAGCCCGUCCUCUGCUUCACCCAGUAUGAGGAGUCCUCAGGCAAGUGCAAGGGCCUCCUGGGCGGAGGUGUCCGUGUGCAAGACUGCUGUCUCAACGCUGCCUAUGCCUUCCAGGAGCCUGGCAGCAAGCUCUGUCAGCCAUGCAGGUCCCCAAAGUGGUCACCGUGGUCCAGCUGGACCCCCUGCUCAAUGACCUGCACUGAGGGCUCCCAGCUACGGCACCGGCGCUGUGUAGGCUGGGGUGGACAGUGUCCAGAGAAGCAGCAGCCUGGGGCCCUGGAGUGGCAGCUGCAGGCCUGUGAGAACCAGCAAUGCUGUCCUGAGAUGGGCGGCUGGUCCAAGUGGGGGCCCUGGACACCUUGCUCUGUCACCUGCUCCAAAGGGACCCGAACCCGUCAUCGAAAAUGUGAUGAGCCCACCCCCAAGUGUGGGGGCUCCUGCCCAGGAUUGGCACAGGAGUCAGAGGCCUGUGACACGAAGCAGGUCUGCCCCACACACGGAGGCUGGGCUGCUUGGGGCCCCUGGGGCCCCUGCUCAGGCACCUGCCAUGGUGGCCCCAAUGCACCUAUGGAAAGACGGAGCCGCACGUGUACCGCGCCUGAACCCUCUACAAAGCCUCCUGGGAAGCCGUGCUCAGGGUUAGCGUAUGAGCAGCGGGGCUGCAGCGGCCUGCCACCCUGCCCAGUGGCUGGAGGCUGGGGGCCAUGGGGCCCAGUGAGUCCCUGCCCGGUGACCUGUGGCCUGGGUCAGACCUUGGAACGACGGACAUGUAAUAACCCUGCGCCCAAGCACGGGGGCCCCUUCUGUGCUGGUGAUGCCACGCGGACCCACAUCUGCAACACAGCCAUGGGCUGCCCUGUGAAUGGAGAGUGGGGGCCGUGGCAGGAAUGGGAGACGUGCACCCGCCCGAAGAUGUCACAAAUCAGAUGUCAGGAGAUCCAAGGCCAGCAGGUACGCGUAAGGGACUGCAUUGGCCGCAAGUUAACUGGACUUCGCUGUGCUGGGGAUCAACAGGAUAUCCGGUACUGCUACAACAUCCAUCGCUGCUUGUUGGACGGCUCAUGGUCAGAGUGGAGUACCUGGGGGUUGUGCACACCUGCGUGUGGACCCAGCCCCACCCGCUCCCGCCAGCGCCUCUGCAAGGCCCAUCUCCCCAACUACGCGCCCACUAUUAGCAUCGUGGAAGGUCAAGGUGAGAAGAAUGUGACCUUCUGGGGGACACCAUUGGCAAAGUGCGAGUUGCUACAGGGGCAGAGGUUGGUGGUGGAGGAGAAGCGGCCAUGUCUACACGCGCCUGCCUGCGAAGACCCUGAGGAUAAGGAGCUCUAACACCUCUCUUCCAUUCUGACCCUCUGGCUUCCCAGACCUCAAUAAACCAGCCUCUUCCUCAAGAA